AUGCUUAAUACUUAUCAUACACCUAAAUAGAGCUAUAAAUAAUAACCUUCAAAAAUCUACUAGCAUAUCCAUCAAAAAACCUUAACCUGUAAGUCUCUAUCACCUUAAUAAUUAUAAAUCCCAUUAUAAUAUAACCAAAUUAAAGAUGAUUAAGACCCUUCAACUCCCUAAAAGAUUAAACUUGCUAAGGGUGUAAAAUAAUUGAAUAUUCCAUCAUAACUCAAUGACAAUAGUUUUAGACGUAGCAACUCUAAAAAUAUCUUAACUUCAGAUAGUCCCCUUAUAACACAUAAUAAAGAAAAUAACUCUAUUGGAAGGAGAAUAUGCACUGAAUCAGGAUCUUAAGAUAACUAAACUUCUUUUGUCAUUUAAGAAAAUAAAAAGUUAAAUGAACUGAUCUAAAGAUUAUUUAGAGAGAAAUAAGAAUUAGUUAUUAUCAUAGAAAAAUAUAAAAAUUAACUAUCAUUUUAAAAUUGCCAAACUGAUUAAUUCAAUCUUCUAAGUUUAAAAGCUAGAAUUGAAAGGUUGGAAGGAAUUAUUGAUUAACAAAGUGAAGAAAUCAAUGAAUGGAAAUUAAAAUAUAAAUAAGCAUGUGAAGAAGAUGAAAGAGUGAAUGCUAUUGAUUAAAUGGUAAUAUUUGUUUUUUAUUCUAGGAAUCAUAAAUACUUAAAGUAGUUGAAGAAAAUGAAAGACUAAAUAAUUUAGGCUUUGAUAAAGAUUAAUAAAUUUCAAAUUUAAAAAAUGAAAUUGCGGUUCUUCAGAAGAAAGCUCAAGAAUAUGAAUCUAAAAUCAAAGAUUAAGCUACAAUGAUUAUUGGAUAUGAUGAAGAGAUUAAAUAAUUAAAAAAAGAAUAUAUGAGUAAAUUAAGCAUGUUAGAAAGAUUUGAAUUAUUAAAACAAGAUUAAUAAGAACUUUCCUUUUAAUCUUCAUUUCAUGAAAGUUAAACAGGAUUAUCAAAUAAUAACUAACAUUUAAUCUCAGAUUAUAUUAAACAAAUAGAAUAAGUAUUAUAAUACAAAUUAUUUAGUAAUUGUCUGAUUUAUCAACAUAAUAUACAUCUCAAGUCUUGGAAAAUUAAAGAUUACUAAGAUAAAAUAAUAAUUUAAAAGAAGAAAUAUUAUUUUAGUAGAAAGCCUUGGAGGAUCUAAGAACAUCUUAAAAAGGAGCUGUGAACCCUAAAUUCUUUGAGAUUAAUAGAAACAUCACCUUAUUAAAAGAAAAAAUAGCUAAAUAAAUGAUUAAAUGA